AUGUUAAUACCGGUUACCAGUGAUAGUUUACCGGUUCGAUUAGAAAUCCUAGUCGAGAAUGCUAAAAAUUUACCUGUGAUGAAUAAGGUUUGUUUAUUUAUUGAGUUUUUUUUUAAUUUUAAAAUUUGUUUUUUUUCAGAGUAAUAACUCGUGUGAUGCCUUCGUUGAGGUUCGUUUUCUAGAAACAGUUGAGAAAACAGAUGUUGUUACAAGUUUGAAUCCAGCAUGGACAAAUGAGCCAUUCGUGUUUGACACAGAUGAAAAAGAAAUCAGUGAAGAAUGGCUGCAGUUUCGGUAAGUGCCUAUAAUUAAGGACAAUUUUUCAAAUUUUGUCGUUUUUUCAGAGUCAUGGACUAUGACACAUAUUCUGCAAAUGAUGCGAUUGGUAGAGUUAACGUUGAUUGCAAUAUUUUGUUAGAAAGAAUGAGAAAUACUGGAAUCGACACCCUUGAAGAGACUUUAACCAUGAAAGUUUAUGAUACAAUUCACGGACUUCGAGGAGAUCUUACUUUUCAAAUAAAACUUCAACUUUUAAUGAUUUACAAUCCUUUGAAUUAUGUUCAAAUUUAUGCAGGACCUAAUAUUCCAAAAGACAAAAAAGUUUGUGAACUCAUUGGGCUUGUUGAUAAUAUUCGAUGUGAAAAAGAUCCAGAUUAUGAAUGGCUUGAUAAGUGAGUUUUAUUUCUUCUUAAAAUAUAUGGCUUCUCCUAAUGACAUACAUUUUCUAUAGAAUUCGCACACCUCGUCGAACAAAUGAUGCCAGACAAAGUGCUAUUCGUUCAACUCUGCGCGAUGCAAUAAUCGGAUUAGCACAAAAAACAGCAAAGCUUGGUGGAAAUGUCAUUCUUGGCUUCAGCGAAUUUGUUGAUAUGGAGGGAUCAACAUCAGAUUUAUUGACUUGUAGAGUGUUUGGAACAGCUGUGAAGCUUAUUGAUAAGAAUGUGAAUAUUUUACCAUAUUCCGGUUUGGUAAAACCAGUUUUGACAAUUGAUAAAGUGCCGGAGGAUAGACAAUUGGCGAUGGGAUCAUUGGUUUUAGCAAGAGCAGUACAUUUUCUUGAUGAAGAUGAAAAUCCAGAAACUGUGAGAAGUGCUUAUUGGAAUGCGUUGAGAGCAGAACUUUAUCAACAAGCGAAAACAGUUGGUUGUAAUUUGGUAAUUGGUUACAAAGAAAGUAUGACUGUAAAUGAAGGAGUAGCACUAUUGACCUGUGUUGGAACUGCAGUUUUAUUUUCUGAUGGGACUGAAACUCCAACAAUACAAGUGAUUUUCAAUAAUGGUAGUUCAAGAAACAGUCCAGUAAUACUAAAAGACGAACGAGAAAAAGAAAAAGAAGUCAAAGAAAAGAAACCGUUAUUCAAGUUUGCGAUUGGUGAAGGACGAGAAAAACGAUCGGAUUCUACACCAAGAUCAUUUCGAUGUAUGCAAUACCAUUCUCCAGAAGACGAAAAUAUGUUUGUUCAAGCGACAAAAAUAAUACCAUGUGCAUAUUGUAAACAAGGACACGUUCCGGAAUUUAUGUUAUCUACCCAGUUUUGCCCACCUCCACAAUAUUAUAUUGGACCAAGAAAUUUUGUGCAAGUAUCCGUAUGCAAAAAGAUUCCAAGUGAUCCAAAUGAAGUCACAGAUUAUGCUAAUGAUAUCGCUAAUGUGAGUUUGUUUCUGAUAAUGUUUUCCAUAGAUUUCAAAACGUUUAUUCAGGCUCUUCCAUAUUCCGAUCACGAACUUCUUGGAAAUUUGAUGAAUGAAGCAAAAACAGUGAACUCCUCUGGAAAUGCAAUUUUCGCUUUAGAAGUAACUUGUGCAAUUUGUGAUGAUUCCUUGGUUUGUACAAUGACUGGUGUUUUAAUAAGGCUCAAUGUGAUAAGUGUGAGUUUAGAGAAUUUUGAUAGACUUCAAAAAUAUUUACUUUUCAGAAAAGUGACACGUCAUCUCCUUCAAUAUCAAAUGUUUUAUCAUUUUCUUCACUUCAACGACAAAGUGAUGCUAGAAGAUUCUCAUGGGGAACUGUGAGAGAUGCUAUUAAAUUCAAAUCUUCUGGUGUUUUCCAAUCUAAUCUGACACUCAAAGUUUUGAAUCUGAAACAAGAUGACAAUUCAUCCGGUGGAAAAACAAGACUGCGGCUCAAUACAAUCGUGGAUAAGGUAUGUAAAUAUUUCAGAUUAAUAAGUCGUAAAACUUGUCAGUUUUUAUUAACAAAUUCUUUAAAUUUCAGGUUCGCCGGAAACAACAUCGUGAAUAUGUGACCCAUGUAGUUUUCGAAAGACAUUUGAGUUUAUCAAUCGGUGUUCACGAGUUCGGAACAGCUGGAAAUGUUUCAUCUGUAAGCCUUUACUAUAUUUUUUUAAGGAAAAUAGUUCGAAAAUCUUGAUUACAGAUAGCGGGAGUUCAUUUGUCCGGAAUUUUGAGUCCAAACUUUAUAAAUCGAGAUUUUGUUGACAACAAUGUAGCUACGGCAAGAUUUUCCGAUGUUUUUGUGAGAGAAGAUUUGUCGACUGCAGUUAAAGAUUCAACAACUGUAGAUGGAUUCGUGACGAAUGCUUUAGAAGAACGAAUUGCGAGCAUAAAAUGUUUCAUGGGUCUUGGUGGAUCAAAUUGUCAAGUUUCAAAUAUGAGACUAACUUGUCCCCAAUUCAAUGUUUCGAAAGAACACGCCCAUAUUAUAAUGAUUGUCAGUACAGAUUUAUUCAAUUUAACUUAA